AUGACUGAGCACUACGACGCGAUCGUCAUUGGCGGCGGCUUUGCAGGCAUCUACCACCUGUAUAUGCUCCGAAAGUUGGGCUUCAAAGUCCACCUCUAUGACGCUGCUCCUGACUUUGGCGGCAUUUGGAGACUCAAUUGCUACCCUGGCGCAAGAGUUGAUAGCGAAGUUCCUCUGUACGGCCUUUCGUUCCCAGAGGUGUGGAAGUCGUGGAACUUUUCGUGCAAGUAUCCAGAGUACAAGGAACUCCGACAGUACUUUCAUCACCUCGAUGAAAAGCUGCAGCUGCGCAAGGACUGCUCCUUCAACCACCGCGUGCACAGCGCUCACUGGGACGAUGCGUCUCAGCAGUGGACCGUCGCUGCUGGACCAAGCAAAGAUCAGACAGUCACCACCACUGCGCAGCAUGUCAUCUUCUGCCUGGGCUUCGCCGCCAAGGUCAACAUCCCCCAGAUCCCCGGCAUGGACAAGUUCAAGGGCCAGAUCAUUCACACAGGUGAAUGGGACGAGGCGAUCGAUUGCACCGGCAAAAAGGUCGGCAUCGUCGGCACAGGUGCCUCGGGCAUCCAGGUGAGCCAGGAGAUCGGUCCUAUCGUCGAGCGCCUCACGGUCUUUGUGCGUACACCCAACCUGGCGCUCCCAAUGCGUCAACAGAAGCUCGAGGCCAGUGCACAAGAAGCCUUCAAAGACAUCUAUCCCGAAAUUUUUGACAAGCGCAAAAAGACGUUUGCCGGCUUCCACUACGACUUUGACCCUCGUGAGACGCUCUCUGUACCCGCCAAAGAGCGCGAGCAACUCUACGAGGAGCUGUGGGCUCGUGGUGGUUUCCACUUUUGGCUUGAGACAUUCCAUGACAUGUAUAUGAACAAGGAAGCCAACAAGACUUCGUACGACUUUUGGCAAAAGAAGGUCGCAGAGCGUAUUCGCGACCCCAAGAAGCGCGAGAUCCUUUGUCCCAAGGAGUGGCCUCACACAUUUGGCACUGUUCGACCUUCGCUCGAGCAGAACUACUACGAGGUGAUGGACCAGGACAAUGUUGAUAUCGUCUCGAUCAAGCGAGGUGGCGACGAAGGCAUCAAGGAGAUCACCGAAAAAGGCAUCCUUCUCAACAGCGGACGAGAGAUUGAGCUCGAUCAAAUCAUUCUAGCGACCGGCUUCGACUCGCACACCGGUGGCUUCAAGCAGAUCGACAUCCGAGGCAAGAACGGUCUACCGCUCACCGAAAAGUGGGCUCAGGGUUGCAACUCGCUCAAUGGGCUCAACACUUCGAAAUUCCCCAACUUCUUUUUCCUAUACGGACCACAUGGACCUACCGCCUACUCGAACGGUCCGUCGACGGUUGAAGUGCAGGCCGAAUGGGUGUGCGAAUUCAUCAAGUACAUGCGCGACAACAACCUGACCACGUUCGAUGUUCAGGACGAGGCAGAGGUCAAGUUCGGCGAGCACAUUAACGAGCUCUCGGCCAAGACGCUCUUCCACGAGAGCCACGGAUGGUACAUGGGACGAAACAUUCCAGGAAAGCCCGUGCAGGCUCUCAACUUCACUGGCGGUAUCCCGAUGUACGUCGCCGAGCUUGCCGAGUGCAAGAAGGGAGGCUACACUGGCUACGAUCUCGUCAAGGCCUAA